AUUACCAACAUGCAUUCAUCAUGCCUCAAUCCACCUUUUUUUUCACCAAAAAAAUUUAACUUAAUAAAAUGAUGGCAUCCAGAAUAGGAAUCCUCACACUAGCAUUCCUUUCCUAUGCAAUGCUGGCAUCCGGAUUCUUCCUUCAUAUCCCCGGGCAUCACAGGCCGGGCCACGGCGUUAGGCAUCAUCACGCACGUGAUCACCGAGUUUUUGAUGCUCCGGAGCAUCGCUUCAGGCAUCAUGCACGUGAUCACCGAGUCUUUGAUGCUCCGGAGCAUCGCGAUUUUAUGCACCCUCCCGAAGACGAUCGAGUUUUCGAAGUUCAGGAGCAGCAGAGGGGCCAUAGGGGCCACGGUAAAGAAGACGGCUCCGUUGAUUCGUUACAGCCUCGUGCCAACGAGGCCGAACCCGAAAACGAGCCCGUUUUCCCGGUGCAGGAUCCCAACUCCAAACCCGUGCAAGAACACGAACCCAAGCCCGUGCAAGAACCCGACAACGAGCCCGUGCACGAACUCAACAACAAGCCCGUGCAAGAACACGAACCCAAGCCCAUGCAAGAGCCCGAGAACAAGCCCGUGCAAGGGCCCGGGAAAGGCGGGCUGCGAGAAAUGUUUUACGAGCAGAGCUGUCCCGAGGCUGAGAAGAUUGUGAAUAUGACCAUUCACAAACAUUUUCUCAAGGAUCCAACUUAUGCUGCUGGCUUUGUUCGCCUCUUUUUCCAUGACUGUUAUGUCACGGGGUGCGACGGUUCAAUCCUGCUGGACACGACGCCGACGGGGGAGGAGGUGGAGAAGAAGGCACGGCACAACGGGCCGCUGGUGCGGGGCUUCCAGGUCGUCGACGACAUAAAGGCCGAGCUCGAGAAGGCGUGCCCCGGGGUGGUGUCGUGCGCGGACAUACUCGCGUUCGCCACCCGCGACUCCCUCGUCUACACGGGGGUGCCCGCGUACGCGGUCGCGGGCGGGCGCCGGGACGGGCUGGCCUCCCUCGCCGCGAACGUCGAGGGCAACCUCCCGCUCCCGGACGCCACGGCGGAGGACAACAUCCGCCUCUUCGAGAGAAAGGGGAUGACGCUGGAGGAGCUGGUGCUCCUCGUGGGCGCGCACUCCAUCGGCAGCGCCCACUGCAGCGUCGUGGCGGGGAGGUUCCACGACAGGGCGAAGGAGAGGGACAUCGACAGAGGGUACUGGCUCAAGAUGCAGACCAUGACGGUCUGCCAGAGCGAGGACCAGGACGUGCCGUUCGACCCCUACUCGCACCACAAGAUGGACUCGCGCUUCUACAAGGAGCUGCUCACGGACAAGUCGCUGAUCGAGUCGGACCACAACCUGGCGAGGGAUCCGCGGGCCAACAACGUGAUGAAGAGGCUCGUCGACGACCAGGCCGGGUGGCUCGCCAAGUUCACCAACGCGAUGAAGAAGCUCGGGGAGACGGAGGUGCUCGUGGGAGAUGAAGGAGAGAUCAGGAAGCAGUGCAGAGCUGUAAACUAGGAAAAAUGGGAUUGGUUUGCAUCUUUUUUUGUGAGUAGGAUUCCUCACAUUCUCUCAUCCUAUCUCCACAUCUUUAGUGUAAUUCGUUUCAAGAUCAAUGAAAAUGCUAAAGAUAAAGGAGUUUACGACAAACUAGUUUGCAUUCUUCACAAAUUUAAACUUACAGCACCGCGUCGUCUCCUAAUUGGCUGAUGACAUUCUCUACCGUCGCCAGUAGCUCUGAAAUAUUGAAGUAUCAUUAUUUAUUUGA